AUGUCGGAGAACUUACAAGUCAAAUGUGUAGGCCAGGGAGGAUAUGGAGUGGUUAUGCUACUAAAAUCGUAUCAUCCACAAAUUGUGAUGAAAGAGAUUGUCAAGAACCCAAAAAUCGACUUCCAAACCGAACUUAAAGUGCUCAAAGAACUCUCACAUCCAAAUAUUGUCAAAUACGUCGAUCGACCCUCCGAUUUUACGAAUCGUCCUUUUGGAGCUCAUCGAAAGGAAACCUUUGCCUCAAAUCGACACCCCACUGAGAGUACACCACGACUUCAAGGAGCCUAUUGUGACACUUGUUCUUUACAGAAAACCAUUGACUUUGAGUCGGUGCCCGAGCGACGAAUAGCUCAAAAGCUUCUCGUCAAACCCAUUGGACUAAAUGGAACACAUGAAGAAGCAUUGGUUUACGACUACAGUAACAGUUCUCUUGAUCAUAUUCCAACAAUAACUUUCGAUUUCAAAAGUGAUGAGAAAGCGGAAGCAAAGAUUGAAAACUGUCCCGGAGAAAAGGCUGUGAAUUCACUGCUGGCUUCACAACAGCAGAACCAAUUAGCGGAAUGGUUGCAAAAGCUAGAAGUUGAUAGAUUUUCAGUGGAU